CGCGUAAAAGAAAAUACAGAUGGAGAAGGCUAGCCGCCUCGCUGUGUCACAGAGAGUCCCAUUGAGCCUACGUGACAACUCACAUACUGUCCCUUUGUGACCAGCUUAAUCGGCAGAAUGCCCGGUGCCUGUGUGCUUUUACUCGCCGCUGCGCUGGCUGCGUUCGCCCGGCUCGUCGGCACCGUGGGGCCGGUGGUCCGGUGCGAGCCGUGCGACGCCGGGGCGCUCCUGCAGUGCAAGCCCCUGCCGAAGGACUGCGCGGAGCGGAUGAAGGAGCCCGGCUGCGGCUGCUGCAUGACGUGCGCCCUGCGCGAGGGACAGGCGUGUGGAGUGUACACGGCGCGCUGCGGCUUCGGCUUGACCUGCCAGCACCAGCCGGGGGAGAGCCGACCCCUGCAAGCGCUGCUGGAGGGACGGGGAGUGUGCUCCACUGCCGCGUCCAAAAAACUCAACAGCAUCCUCAUACCAGCGCAAAAACCAGAGGGUGGAGGAAAUCAAGUAGAAGAAGGUUUUGCCAAUGCUACGCAGACGAUGACGGUGCUGACCGGCGUGGCAACUGUGAAGGGUGGACACGGUCGGGGUUCGAUGGACACCAGGCCUCCGCUGCACAACAAGCUGAUCCAGAAAGAUCAGAACAGGAAGACGCAGAGCUACAAGGUGGAGUCAGUGUCAGGAGGAGCCAACAUGGACAUGCACAACUUCUCCCUGGAGAGCAAGAGGGAGACUGAGUAUGGGCCGUGUCGGCGGGAGAUGGAGAGCAUCCUGAACAGUCUUAAAAUCAGCAACGUGCUCAACCCCAGAGGCUUCCGCAUACCCAACUGUGACAGAAAGGGCUUCUACAAGAAAAAACAGUUGCAGCUCUCGUCACUGGUGCUCUAUGAAUCCUGGGAUAGGUUGGCCCAAGAAGGAUUCACCCGUUAG